UUUUAAUUUACGUAGACGUAUUUUUUCAGUAUAGGUCAACUCCGACACAUUUGACGGUCUUAUUUGAAUAAAUUAGUAAUUUGUAGAUUUUCGUGAUGGACAGUGAGGAUAAGAAAUCGUCCGUUACGCGAUGACGUCACCCGUGAUACAUUACUUGGCCCACCUCCUGUAGUGGUGAACAGGUUUUUUUUACGUUAGAUCUAUCAUCUUAAAAUACGCAACAAUUGUGAAGAAGCCUAAAACGACCAGCUAAACCUCGGGAGAAACGAGUCAUUUGGAGGAACGUCAUGCUCCAGAGGCUCCGUGGGUCCCUGCUGCGGCGGCCCGCUGCGACUCCUCCAGCGGCCGCGAUACGAUGCCUCUCCUCGGGCUCCGCGGACGUCAGGGUCCCGCUGAACUUCUGGGCUGGGAAGAGACAGACGAGCUCACGUAAAUGUAACAAGGAAAACGUUUACGAACCCGCAACAGGGCGAGUCUUGUGCCUUCUGGACCCGUGUGGUGCUGCAGAGGUAGAUCAGGCUGUGUCUGCCGCCACGUCAGCGUUUGCCCACUGGAGCAAAAUGUCUGGGAUGGAGAGGGCGAGGAUCAUGAUAGAAGCUGCCCGUAUCAUUGAGAGGAGGCGAGAGGAGAUAGCGGAAAUGGAGGUGGUCAACAACGGGAAGUCCAUCACAGAAGCCCGUCUGGAUGUGGACUCUGGCAGACUGUGUGUCGAGUACUAUGCAGCGCUCGCUAGCACUCUAGCAGGCCAGCAUGUCCAGUUGCCGGGGGGAUCCUUUGCCUACACCCGCAGGGAGCCUCUGGGAGUGUGUGUGGGCAUCGGCGCUUGGAAUUAUCCUUUCCAGAUAGCUGCCUGGAAAUCCGCUCCGGCUCUGGCCUGUGGGAACUCCAUGGUGUUCAAGCCGUCCCCAGUGACGCCCGUGACGGCGGUCAUGCUGGCGGAGAUCUACGGCGAGGCCGGAGCCCCAGAGGGGCUGCUCAACGUGGUGCAGGGCGGCCAGGAGACCGGCAGCUUGCUCUGCCGCCACCCAGACGUCGCUAAGGUGUCCUUCACCGGCAGUGUGCCCACGGGCAAGAAGGUUAUGGAGAUGGCCUCCGAGGGGGUGAAACCUGUGACUCUGGAGCUCGGUGGCAAGUCUCCGCUGAUCAUCUUUCAGGACAGCGAUCUGCAGAACGCCGUGAGCGGAGCUCUUAUGGCCAACUUCCUGUCCCAGGGCCAGGUCUGCAGCAAUGGUACACGGGUGUUCGUUCAGAAGGAUAUUCUGCCGAAGUUUGUGGAGGAGGUGGUGAGGAGGACAAGGGCGAUUGAGAUAGGAGACCCGCUGUUGGAGAGCACACGAAUGGGAGCACUGGUCAACCACCCACACCUGGAAAAAGUCCUGUCCUUUGUUGACCAGGCAAAGAAGGAGGGAGCUACAGUGUUGUGCGGUGGGGAAGCUUUUGUUCCAUCAGAUCCCAAACUCCGAGGUGGAUACUACAUGACUCCAUGUGUACUGGGUGGCUGCACGGAUACGAUGACCUGUGUGAAGGAGGAGAUCUUCGGGCCUGUCAUGUCUGUGUUGUCCUUUGAAACCGAAGAGGAGGUGCUGCGCAGAGCCAAUGACACCACCAUGGGUCUGGCUGCGGGAGUUUUCACCAGGGAUGUGAAGCGAGCUCAUCGUGUGGUGGAACACCUCAAAGCUGGUUCCUGUUUCAUCAACAACUACAACAUCACUCCGGUGGAGGUGCCCUUUGGAGGCUUCAAAAUGUCAGGCAUUGGCCGCGAGAACGGCCAGGUGACGGUGGAAUAUUACUCCCAGCUCAAGACGGUGUUUGUGGAGAUGGGAGACGUGGACAGCCUCUUUUAGGAGGCGCACACACAGGAGGAUGCAGCUGCGGCGGUGACCUAGAUGACAUGUAAUGUGACCCAGAGACUAAAACAGAGGAACACCACCUCAGGGAAAGAACAUCAAAGGUGAUGAGUGACGAGCCUGUACUGAAAAUAUGGUCCGUUUCCUAAAUGUUAAACAAUGAAGUCUGAAGCAACUCGCUGUGUAGAAUAUCAGAAGUCUUUAAACACAUUUGAAUUUACGUACACUGUGUUAAAGGGAUACAAUUCAAUUACGUUUAUCUUUAUUUGCUGAACUUUGAUCCAUUUCAGCUCCUAGACAUUAGACGAGUCACCUGCUGUUAUUUGCACUGUAUGUUUCUUGCUUGAUAUAUUGUGUUGGCCAUGUGCGAAUUAACGAAAAAGGGGGUUUACAAGUCAAGCUUUAUUUCUUCAUCAAUGUAUUUUAUACACAUACAAAAGAAAUAGGCACCUUGAAUGUUGGAUUGAUUGACCUAAUCUAGAUUGUACAGUUAAUUUAUGCUUUUUGUACACCGUUAGAAUUAGACAGUAACAUUCUGCCUGGUGGGUAAAUAUAAUUAUGUAAGAAACCAGUUUGGACACAUUUUCAUGUCAAAUAAAUUGUGACAUAACAAA